AUAUAUAUAUAUAUCAUUCAUUUAUUUUCAAAUACUUUCUCAAUAAAAAGAAAAAAAAUUUAAUAAAAAAAAUCUUAAAUCUUACUGAAUAAAAUACUCAAUAAAAUCAAUCUCUAAGAUUCGUGAUUUUUCAAAGAUUCAGCUAAUGGUGAAAUUCGCGUACGCAUUUUUAUAUGUGCGAUAGACCUACAUCUCUUCUGUUUUAUCGACCCCCAUGUACCAAGUAUUUCCACCCUUCUACUGAGAUGUGAGAUUGUGUAAAAUGACGCAUGCUCAUAGCUUUGUGCGUGAUCUUUUUGCUUAUAUACGCUAGUUUAUCGGGGGUCAAAGUAAAGGGUAUAACAUUUUGAUUCUAAGUCAAAAUUCAAGAAUCUCAAUACCUCUUUUUUUUUUAAUCAUGGAAGAAACUUGAAAAAUAAGUUAUACUCUCUCUUUUUCGCUAUACCUUCUCUAAAAAAAUGAGUUAUAAAUUCAAAAUUCUCUAAAAUGUCAUCUGGUGGUGCUAGUUCUAUGUUAGUGAUUAAUAAACAAUUAAACGAAAUGACAGAACGCUUGAUCUCUUUAUCUUCUCGGUUAAUAUAAAAAAAAUUCACACAAAAUGUAAAUUUUCUCUGUAAAUUUACUAUACAAUACCAACAAAAAAAAAAAAAUAGACUCUAAAAAAAGAGCAACUCUUUCCUUUGAUGAAACGAGGAAUUGUUUUACAAUGAAAGUUAUGUGAUAAUAAACACUCAAUUACGCGUGAAAUUGAAUAUUUUAAAAGAAGAUUCGUGAUUACAGUGUUUCAAAUUAUAAUAAAAAUAUAAGUUCUAAAUUGAAAAUCAAGUUGGAAAAUUUAUAAAAAAAAAAAAAAAAAAGAAUUAAAAUAUCCAAAUUUUAGAAAUGUUUAGAAGAAAAAAAAAACUUUCAAUCGUUAAUAAGAUUAUAUAAAGAAAAAACUUAAUAAAUAAUGAACGUUAAUUACAUUGAAAGAAUAUAUAUAUAUAUAUAAAUAUUAUUAUAUCGUAGAGAAUGUGCUAAUAGAUUUUAAAAAAGAACAAAUUUAUCUUCAAAUAAAACAAAAGGCAACGCCCGAGGAUUGUAUGAAGCUUCAUCAAUUUCCAUAAUAUAGAGGAACAAAAAUAUAUAAAUAGAGAAAACAAAUUUUCCUUCCUUUCAAAAAAAAAAAAAUAAUAAUUUUUCUCAAGAAAAAUAUUACGAUGAUAAUGUCAAGAAAAGAACACGAAAAAUACAUCAUUAGACAACAAUACAAAGUGUCAACAUUAAAAUUAAUUAUAAUAAAAAUAUAAAAAGAAAAAAUGAUGAGGAAACAAUUAUCGAAGAUACAAUAUAUGAUUAGACAAAGUGUAAUUUUUGUAAAAAAAUCGAAAUGAUCGUUUCAUUAUAUUUAGAAUUAUUCAUCGUUUCGAUGACAUUUUAUGUAAAUGCAAAUUUAAGUUCAAGAAUUGUUAAAACAAACAAUGGUGAAUUAUCAGGUGUUAUUAUUUCACUUGGUCGUAAUAUGGAAAGUGUUGAAGUGUUUCGCGGUGUUCCCUAUGCAUCGCCACCAAUUGGUUCACUUCGUUUUAUGCCACCUGUCAGUGGUGCAAUUUGGCAAGGUGUUAAAAUUGCCGAGGAAUUUGGACCUGUUUGUCCACAAAAGUUACCAUCAUUAUCAGACAAAAUUCCUAAAGGAAGACUUGACUAUCUUCGUCGACUUCUUCCAUAUUUAAAAAAUCAAAGUGAAGAUUGUCUUUAUCUUAAUAUUUAUGCUCCAGUUCAAGCUGGUUCCAGAGAUAUUGCAAGCAAACGAUAUCCUGUAAUUGUAUUUAUUCAUGGAGAAAGCUACGAAUGGAGUAGUGGUAAUCCUUAUGAUGGAAGUGUAUUAGCUAGCUAUGGAGGUGUAGUUGUUGUCACAAUAAACUACAGAUUAGGAAUUUUAGGAUUUUUAAAUGUUAAUAUGGAUUCAAACUCACGUUCACCAGCAAAUUAUGGUCUUAUGGAUCAAAUUGCUGCCUUACAUUGGGUUCAUGAAAAUAUUGUUUAUUUUGGUGGCGAUCCUGGUAAUGUUACUUUGGUUGGACAUGGAACUGGAGCAGCUUGCGUUAAUUUCCUUAUGACCAGCCACGCUGUUCCGGAAGGUUUAUUGUUUCAUCGAAGUGUUUUAAUGUCAGGAAGUGCAUUAUCUCCAUGGGCACUAAUAAGAGGAGCAGCUAAAUACGCUACACAUAUUUCUAAAUAUUUAAAUUGUUCCGAGGCUGGCACAGAUUCUCAAUCAUUGCUUCAGUGCUUGAGAAAUGUUCCAUUGGACACAUUACUCUCGGCUCCAAUACAAGAACUUAAAUUUGCACCAGCAUUUGGACCCAGUAUAGACGGAGUUGUUAUAACUUCCGGUGAAUCAGAGGAUCAAUCUUGGAAUUCAGAAAUCGAUACAAUAAAUACUUUAUAUAAUAUUUUAUUUAGAAAAGAUGUAGUGACAAAACUCUCCAGAUACGAUUUGAUGGUUGGUGUCGUCAGAACUGAGGCAUAUUUGUCACUGACUGCUGAUGAUGCUCAAUAUGGAAUUGAGGCUGAUAGAAGAAUUAAAAUGCUACGUGAAUUUGUUCAUAAUACAUACACUUAUCAUCAGACAGAAAUUUUAGCUACUAUUAUUAAUGAAUAUACAGAUUGGGAGAAACCCGUUCAACAUCCCGUGAAUAUUAGGGACGAAACAUUGGAAGCUUUAGGUGAUGCCAAUGUUGUAGCGCCAACAACAAAAACAGCUGAUUUACACAGUCAAACACAUAGAAAUUCAUAUCUUUAUGUUUUUGAUUAUCAGACAAAAUUUGGAGACUAUCCUCAAAGACAGGGUUGUAUUCAUGGUGAAGAAUUGCCAUACUUUUUUGGAGCACCAUUAAUUGGUGGAUUGGCUCAUUGGCCGAAAAAUUAUACUCGAGCUGAGGUUGCACUUUCGGAAAGUGUAAUUUUAUAUUUAACAAAUUUUGCACGAACUGGAAAUCCAAAUGAGGGCACAGUAGAUUAUGGACCACAAAACUCCCGACCUGAACGCACAAAAUUGAAAAACAUUGACUGGACAGCUUAUGAAGCAGUGCACAAAAAAUAUCUCAGUAUAGAUUUAAAAUCAAAACUUAAAAAUCAUUAUCGCGCACAUCGAUUGUCAUUUUGGUUGAAUUUGGUACCCGAUCUUCACAAACCGGGCACAGAUGAUGUACCAAAAUCUCAUCAUUUAUUAAAUAUGGACCAGAUACCACCAAAGAUUGUUCAAAAAAUACCAAUAAUAUUAACAUCGCCAAGUUUAGAAUUAACAUCAGAGAAACAUGAAAAUUUAUCAUCAGCAAUACCAAGUGAAUUAGCAUUUGGUGAAUCAACAUCACAACCAGAAGAUGGUUUUGCGGCAUAUUCCACUGCCUUAAGUGUCACAAUAGCAAUUGGCUGUAGUUUAUUAAUUUUAAAUGUUUUAAUAUUUGCCGGUGUUUAUUAUCAACGUGAUAAACAUACUUAUCAUAGUGAAGAGAAAAAAUUUCAAGAAAAUGGACAAAUGCCAAAUAAUAUUUGUGGUGAACUUGAGGCAAAAGUAACGUCCGAAAGAAAUUAUGUGAAACAUAUGUCAUUACCGGAAUUGACAAAUAUGCAAAAUAAUUCAUGUCACGUUCCAAUACCACCGCCACCACCAAAAAAUAUAAAACCAAAUAAAUCGAUUAAAAAUUUAAUUAUUAGUCCUAAUCAUUUACAGCAAGAGAACGUGAUAAUGGCUACCUCAACUACUGGAAGAAAAAAGGAUGCCCACACUUAUCAACAAAUUAUGGAAGAAUUAAGAGUUUGAUUUCUGUAAAAUUCUUUUUUUUUUUUUAUGUGCAAAAUGUUAAAAACGACGAAAUUCGAACACAUUAUAAAAGACACAUUUAUAUUUUGUGACAGCAUUUGAUAAAAGUUACUAUAUAUAUAUAUAUAUAUAUGUUUUUAAUAUAUAGUUGAGUUUGAUUUUACAACUAAAUAUAUAUAUAUAUAAGAUAAACAAUGUGAUUAAGAGCCACAGAGCUCUGCGUCCUCGGGUAAUUGCAUUUCCAAUAAUAUAUAUAUAAAUAUUACAUUUUAUAUAGAAGUGUGAAUAAAGAAAUUGUGUAGCGAUCUAUGCAAAUAAAAAAUU